CCGGCGACAGGGAGGCGGCGGCGGCUGCGCGCUCCCUGGCCUGCCGGCGGGAGCCUCAGAAACACCCCGGCUGAGCCUUGCAGAGCUGGCCGGGCGGGCCAGGAGUUCCCCGUGCCCAGGGCGGGGUCGGGCAAGACCGUGAUGCCAGUUUGGCCGAAGCCCCGCCGCCUCGGGGACCCGGCGGCAACUUGGUGAGGGCCACGGGGCUCCUGACUUGACAGCACCCGAGCCGGCUGCUCCCGCCUGAAGUCCGCCUUUCGGAGUCUUGGUGCGGGACUCAGAGGUGGGGUGAAUCUGAGGCCUGUGGAUGAACAGACAGAAGCUGGAAGAUCCCCAAAAAGGAUGCGUGAGAGGACCUCUCAGAACCGGAGUACGGGCCACUGGCUGCUGGUACUUUCCCUGGCCUGCCUGUGGACCCGCCUUGCCUCAGCUUCCUUGCAGCCGCCAACUCCCACAGGUUUGGGCAAGGAGGCAGAGCCUGGGGGAGGGUUUCCCGGGAUGCCGGCAGAGCUGGGCACCGCCCCACCCCAUUUCACAGCAGGCAGAUCUCCAAGGCCAGUCCUGGUGAAACAGGGCACCUGCGAGGUGAUUGCUGCUCAUCGCUGCUGCAACCGGAACCGCAUCGAGGAGCGCUCCCAGACUGUCCAGUGCUCUUGCUUUUCUGGCCAGGUGGCCGGCACCACGCGGACAAAGCCCUCCUGCGUGGACGCCUCCAUUGUCCUGCAGAAGUGGUGGUGUCAGAUGGAGCCCUGCCUGCUGGGGGAGGAGUGCAAAGUGCUCCCGGAUCUGUCAGGAUGGAGCUGCAGCAGCGGACACAAAGUCAAAACCACCAAGAGGAUUAUUACUUUCGUGGUUCGCUGCCUGCUCCAGGGAACAAGGGGUCACACGAUAGUUCUUGGGGUCACGGCCUGGACAGGACAGCUUGACCGAGCCAUGGACUGAAGAAUGGUAUUGUUAUCAGCCAACAAAAGUGGAGAUUCACUUACCUGGACACACGCCCUGUGCCAAGUGCAGAAUCAGUCUUUCCAGGGGCAUUUCAAUUGAGUUGCUCAGCAGAUAAGGACAGAUCUCCGGCCACAUACCUAGUGUUGUGCUGGGUUCUCCUGGGGGACCCAGAAGAAGGUCAAGAUACAAUUCCUGCCCUUGAGGAAUGUCCAGUCAAGUUGGAGAGUUGUUGAAAGAUAGUUGAGCUAAUUGACAUUAAAGGUAUGGGACUGUGUACAGCUUCUGGACCAUAUGCUGUGGGCACGUUGGGGGUACGAGGGUGAGACUCCCACAGCCCUUCAGCCACCCCCUCACCACAAGGCACGAAGACAAGACGUCACAUUCACCACCCGCCACCUCCCUCCCUCAUGUCAGUCUGAACACCCAGCAAGCUGCCAACAUGCCAAAGGAAAACCUCUCCUCCCUGAGAGACAGCUGUAUCUCAUUUGCUUGGGACUGGGUUGACUUGGGGAAGGAAAGCCAACGUGAAGCCAGACAACUUUCCAGCAAAGCUCUGCGGAGGUGUGGCCUAGUUUGGGCUAUUCAUUGGGAAUGGGAUGGACAGGACCUUAAAAUCGCCCCCAUCCAAGGACCUCAGGUUUUUGUUUAUUUGCUUAUUUUAACAGAUGAGGAAGCUGAGUCCCAAAGAGGUAAGAUGACUUGCCCCAGAUCUUCCAGUUUGGGCUUCCAAAUCUCUAAGGCCUUUGGCUUAACCUGGAUAUGGGAUUCAACUUGGGCCUUCCGUAUUAUUUGUAGCUCAAGAACAGGAACCUGCAAAGGACUGGCAGGAUAGCAGCAACAUUUUUCUCGGGAGACUCUAGAACAGGUCCCUGUUACCUGAAGUAAUCCAGAAUACUUAUAUGCCAGCAUGUGGGACCACUGGAUCUCUACUCUGCCCUCAGCCCCCCAAAUUACUACCAGGCCCCAUGACAGCCAGAGAUCACUCACCCCAGUUACACCCGGGGCACUCUGAGCUGAGCUCCAUUGUGUCUAGUCUGACACAUCUCUUCCCGAGUGCUUAAGCUGAAUGGAACUCUCAGAAGCUCUGGCUCCAGGAGAGGCUCUGGGUGGAGUCCAGGGCUGGUCACAGUCCUCUCCCUUCCAAGGCCCUGCUGGGUAGUAGGGGAGGCCUUGCAGGGCUGGAUGGAGCCUCUGUCCAGGAUUGAGGGUUGGCAGAGUCAGACCGACACAGGCUUCAGGGACUCAGAGACAGGGGCUAGUUGGAUAUCUCAUCAGUAAAAAAGAAUUAUAGGCUCAGUGACUGCUAGGAUCAGCUGGGAUCAGCUGGGAUCACCAGGAUCACAGGGUGUGUGUGGAGGGUGUGGAGCCUGAAGGGAGGGGUAUCAGUAGAGACCACCAGGACAAUGCUGAAUUCUGACACACACCCCCACCCCCAUGAUUGGCUGAGGUUGAAUCUCAGCCCCUCCCUGCUUCUUUCUCUUCUUCCCCAAGCAGCAGAACCAAGACUGUUCACCCCACUCAGAGGUUUUUCUUCUUGUUUUUGUUUAGUUCUGGUUUGGGUAAUGGGGGGGAAAAUGAUGCCAGCUUCUCACUCGAUUGUAAAUAUCAGAACUCUGCCAACUUUGAAUCCCUGCACAUAGUGGGGUCAGGGAGUGGGGUAGUUAAGGAGUAGGUCAGAGGUUGUCAUCUCUUUCUCUUCCUUUAAGACUGCGGAAUGGACAGGGGUGCCUGGGUGGCUCAGUCGUUA